UCCCGUUUAUGCCAGCCAACCAAGUACUGAUAAAUUAUGUGUUUUCAGUUGCUCCAAAAUUACCAGUACCGCAAAACGUGUUUUCCGUUGCUGCAAAUUUACCAGUACUGCAUAAUUGAGACGAGUAAUUGCAACAAGAAAGGAGGUCCAACUUGGUGGUAAUUGAUCAAGGAAUAUAGUUGGGGUAAAUGAAAAUAAAAAAACUAAAUAAAUAAAUAAAGGGCCAUCCCUUUCAUACUGGAUUCUCUUCUACCAUUUGCAUGUUCAUCUUGUGGCUCUUAAGGGAACGUAUCACUUCAAAUUUUGCCCUUUCUGAAGAUAUAUUCGGCCAACUGGCUUAACCCCACCAGUCCUUUUUAGUGCUUAUCCUCCUGCUUAUAAGGAGCUCACUUGCUUAUCUUUCUUCUCAAGCCACUCCUUGACCUCAGUCUUCCUUGACUGAGAAAAAUACAGCCCUUCCUUUCCUUUCUUAAGAAGUGCUUUUAGGUUUUUUUUUUUUUUGGAGAAGUGCUUAUGAUGGCUUCCAACUCACUCAGCUCCUCGUGGACUCCUAAGCAAAACAAACAGUUUGAAAAGGCCCUGGCUUUGUACGACAAGGACACCCCCGACCGCUGGCAGAAGGUUGCCAGAGCGGUCGGUGGGAAGUCUGCUGAGGAGGUGAAGCGGCACUAUGAGCUCCUCAUUGAGGAUGUCAAGCACAUUGAGUCUGGCAGAGUUCCGUUUCCUGAUUAUAGAGGGGAAUAAUACUAAGUCUUUCUCUCUUUGGACUUUGAAUGGCAAAGUAUGUUAUAUAAGACACAAAGAGAGGAUCACGUAAGGAGAGAGAUAGGAAGAGCGGAACUGACACAGGGACGUGGAAGUUUCUCUCCCUAUUCAGAGAUGUUACACCAUGAUUCUUGAAUCUAAUGAGAGAAUAGUGCUGGUAGUUUCCAGUUAGCAUGAGCAAGAUGGGCAUCACCAUUUUGAGAUGGGUGGUUGUGUGUAUCUACUACUGCCUCCAUUUCAUUUCAUGGUCCCCCAAAAACUUUUUUUGUGGGGACAAUAGAAAAGUCGAGGAAACCGAACUCAAUAUUUUACCAAACCUUUCGGUCUCGAGUUGUGCACUUGCCCUCACAUCUUAUUCACGUGCUAGGCUUAACAGCCACACAUGCUCUCACAUCUUAAGCUCAAGAGAUCACACAACGAGCACGAUGAGAGUACCCCACAUUAGAUGUGAAAUUCUUGCAUCAAG